AGGUUGCACAACUGGCCAAGAGGCGUCUGUCGGGUCUGCUCCCCUCUCGGUCAAAGACGAGGAGGAACUCAGGGCAAAGCAGGAGUGUCUCGCAGAGUCGCUGAAACGACUAAGUCAGCUGUCUCGGGACCUUCUCGUUUUGACUUCCGAGUCCAAAUCUCACGAGUGGUUCUCAAAGUAUAAGGACGCUAUGGAGCGUCUGAAGGACUAUGAAACACAGGUAGGCCAACUGAAAAAGAAGCUGCUAGAGAGCCCAGCCGGGUCGCCUAUGUCAUCUCGAAAAUCGCGUCAAUCAAAAUCAAGCGAAUCGAGGUCCGAGAUGAACAAAGAAGCUUUAAUAAAAGAGUUGGAGUCCUUUGAACACGAAUUGGAUGCGGUGGAUGAGGAGUUGGCCGCAGUGAAGGCUAAUGCCAACGCCCUGCGUACGCAAGUCCGCACCACAAAUGACGAGUUUUCCGACUACCGCUCAGACGCCGAGGACAGAGAACGUGAACUGCGCAGCUAUGUGGAGUACAUGGAACAGAAGGAUAUCCUCUCUACUGGCAUCCUCCAACUCCUUCUACAGAGGACAGAUGUGCUCCAGUCUGAAGUUGAUAGGUACGCUGACAGCUGA